CUGUGUCAGUCAACAGUGUGGGACAGAAACACUGUCACUGCGGUCAUUCUUCUCCUCAACUUGUUCCUAUAAAGAGCAGAGCAGUGGCGAACCGAGACUUUUCCUCAGCAGCAGGUGUUCACCUCACACACACACUAACACACGGACACUCUCUGUCUCUCUUUCUCUCUCUCUCUCUCUCACACACACACACACGCACACACACGUGUAGUAAUGCGCGUCAUGGAGCGCACUUUCCGAGAGCAGCUGCUGCUGCUGCUGCUGUGCGUGUCGGUCCUCAGGGGAGACUGCAGGUACAUUGAGAACAACGACGUCUCCAGAGAUGACUUUUAUUCCAUUUUUAAUUCGGAACUCAAGAGAGAAAUACCUGCGGACUUCCUGUAUCGCAGACCUUUACGUUGUCUGGACAUGAUUGCAGUGGACGGUCAGUUCACCUUCACCACGGAGCGUCCUCAGCUCAGCUGUGCUGCCUUCCUGUCAGCAGAGCCCACUGAAGUGAUCAGUGUACAUUUGGAGGACGUGGACAUCGACUGCAGGGGCGGUGACUUCAUCACGGUGUUUGAUGGCUGGGUGCUGAAAGGGGAGAAGUUCCCCAGCCUCCAGGACCAUCCACUGCCAGUGCAUGAGCGUUACGUGGAUUACUGCGACUCAGGAGCAACGAAACGAAGCGUGCGCUCAUCUCAGAAUGUGGCCAUGGUCUUCUUCCGCAUUUACAAUCCUGGCAGCAGCUUCACGUUGACGGUCCAGAGGCAGAUAAACCCAUUCCCCUGCAAUGUCAUUUCCCAGUCACCAGAGGGCAGUUACACUAUGGUGGUGCCGCAGCAGCAGAGGAACUGCAGCUUCUCCAUCAUAUACCCGGUGGAGGUCGACAUCUCCGAGUUCAGCAUGGGUCACAACAACCACUUCCAUAAGAGGUUUGUGCCAGGAUGUGCAGAAACAGGGGAUUUUGUGCAGUUGCUGGGAGGAAGCAGCAUGGACACGUCCAAGCUGCUGCCCAUCACUGACUUCUGCACUUCCUUCACUGGAGCCACUCUCAUUAAAAUGGGUUGUGACAACACGGUGGUGAGGAUGGUGUCCAGUGGGAGGUUUGUCAACCGUGUGUCUUUCAGCUACCGACUACUGGACAGUCAGGAGCUACAGAUCAUCAAACAGAACAAUGUGGAGGAUUUCUGCUUCAACACCUGAUCCCAGCAGGACGACCAUGUGACGUGUAACAAAAGGUGCAGGUGGAAUUUUUUUAAACUAAAUUCAGCAGUCACACAUGUUUCUCUGAACUACUCCCGUAACUGAAGUCCAAAGAUGAUGAAGUGUUUGGAAAACUGAAGAAAAAAAAAAAAAAAAAAUCUGUAACAGUCAAACUCGAUUGUUCAUUAUCUUUAUCUGUAUUUUUUUCAAACAAAUACUUCAAUUCCAUUUCUUUCAGUUGAAGUGUUAUUUAUAUUUUGAGUAAUAUUUGGUCUUUGUAAAUUUAUAUUUACAUUUUAUUCUGGUUCUGAAAAUAAAAAGUGCAAAUAUAAAUUUUCCAUAUUGAUUAGUUGUUUGAUGGAAACAUUAUUAGUUACUAUUAUUAUUAUUUUAUUAUCAUUAUUAUUAUUAGAGUAAUUAAAACAUGUUUUUAUUAUUUAAUGCUGAUUAAGUUCAAUUUGUAUAAAGCUUUUUGUAAUAAAAUAUACUGCAUGACAAAGCAUUCAACUGUAGCUGUGCUUUUG